ACCCCUUCCUCUCCUCUGCCUCUCUUCUCCCUCCCACUACUCCUCUUGCAUCACAUCAGACCAGAGGCUCUUCCUCCUCCUCUUCUUUUUCUCAAGAAGAUGGGAUUCUGGAGUUCCAACAAGGUCUGGUGAGUCCUAAUUUUUCUUCUUCUCUCUCUCUCUCUGUGUGUGUGUGUGUGUGUGUGUGUGUGUGUGUGCGUGCCUUUGUUUAGGCCAAAACAUGGAUUUGGUGUUGCAUGAAAGCAUCAAAGCAGGGGACUUUCUUUCUCCAGUCGCACUCCCAUUGCCAUACCUCCCACCACCUCCACCACCUUCUCCUGUUGCACAGAGUAAUCUAGAUAACAAGAUCAGUCCUAGCGUCCUCCUCAUAAUUGUAAUCCUGGCAAUUAUCUUCUUCAUCUCUGGGCUGCUCCACCUCCUUGUUAGAUACCUCUUGAGACCCAUCAACAGGGACCCGGAGGACAUGGAUAAUGUCACGGCCCUCCAAGGCCAGCUCCAGCAGCUGUUCCACCUCCAUGACGCCGGGGUGGACCAGUCCUUCAUCGACACCCUCCCUGUUUUCCUCUACAAGGCCAUCAUAGGCCUCAAGGACCCUUUUGACUGCGCUGUGUGCCUCUGCGAGUUCGAGGGCGACGACAAGCUCAGGCUUCUCCCAAAUUGCAGCCAUGCCUUCCAUAUGGAGUGCAUCGACACCUGGCUCUUGUCCCACUCCACUUGCCCUCUUUGUCGGAGUAACCUCCUCCCCGACUUCUCCCCCAGCAACAGUUGCAGUCCUUUGGUCCUCGUUCUUGAGUCCGGGAGUGAGAGCUCCAGGGAGAUCGAUCCUGAUAGAGGGGAGCCUGGGAGUCAUUCCCACCUUGGUUUCAACGGAGAAGAUGACUUCCGGCCUUCAUCGAAUGAUGCGUCGCAGAAACAGGGGGCUGCUGGGGCCAAGGAAGAGGCGGCCGUGCCUUCUUUGGAGAAUUCAGAGGCGAAGGUGGUUCCGGUGAGGCUCGGAAAGUUUCGGAAUGUGGAUGCUGAUGGUGGCGAGGGUGAAGGUAGCAGCAGUGCUGGUGGCUGUAGUAAUUUGGAUCAAAGGAGGUGUUUUUCCAUGGGGUCCUACGAGUAUGUGAUGGAUGAGAGCUCUGCACUUCAAGUGGCCAUCAAGCCACCCAAGAAGAGGCCGGCGAUCAAGAAGCCCGGGCAUGGGCUGGCGAUGUCCGAAUGUGAUUGCCAUUCAAGGAGAGAGGGGUUUAGAGGAUUCGAACAGUCUCGAAAUGUUGAAUCUAGAGGCAAUGCUCAGGGAAUUGCCAGUCUGAACAGGAGAGAGAGCUUCUCUGUUUCGAAGAUAUGGUUGCGUGCGAAGAAAGAUAGUCCGGUCACCGGAGAUAAUUCACGGCGGGCUGUUUCAUUCCGAUUGCCAUUGCGUCGAGGCGCAACUGAUGAAUCAAAGAUGAAGAGCAGCACCAGCCCAAUGACAGUAUCGGAAUUCAAUGUUUCUGGGUGGGAGAAGAGUGGGAGUGAAUUGGAUUUCGAUGCAGAGGUGGGAAGCUGCAACAAUAGUAUAGGGUCUCGCGUGGAUGAAGCACCUUCAUUUGCGAGGAGGACACUGCUUUGGAUAGUGGGGAGACAGAACAAGGUGGGAAACCAUCUCUCACAUGGAUCAAAUCCAGGUGUUUCUCUUGUCUAGAUUACUUGUUCUUUAGAUUCUUAAAUUUUGAAAGAAAAGGUGCAGUAGAGGGGGAUAAAUAGGAGAUAAAGAAUCAUUUGAAUACAGCAGUCUUUGAUUUUUCUUUUC